CAACGUGUCAUUGAGCUGCACUUUCCCCACAUCUUGAAAAAAAGAGCGUGGUGAGAUGUUAACAUCAUGCCUGAACACAUCACGGAAGGCCUCGGAUGACUUACAAUGAUGAUGUCAUAGGAUGAUAUAAGAUGGCUACAGGUUGACACAAGUUUGCAUGUAAAAUUGUCAGUAGUGUUAGUUCACAUUGCACACUGUUUGCUUUUAUUAUAAUUAUUACUUUAUAAUAUUUCUGAAGGCGUGUAAUUGGACGAGGGCUUGGUUGUGUCUGCCUGUCGGCUUUGAAGUUCUGGCUUUGAAUCUGGCAGAACAAAAACUCACGCAGAAAGCAAAGACUAUUAAUUCCGCUAACAACCCAAGCUCAAGUUUGCAAAUCCCCGACCGACAAAGAUCUUCAUAUCUCAGUCAAGAUUAAUCCCCUCAACAUUCCCCCCUGGCAGCAAUUACUAUUUUCCUAUUAACCAGGGCUUUGGUUCCAUCCAUUAGCAUCUUAGCGUUAUAGAAAAGGCUCCUAAACUAUGAAGAGCUCAGGAAAUGUCCCACAGAAAAAAAGAAAAGAAAUAUGAGUAAAGUCCCACAAAGAAAACAGUGUUCCACCAUGUCAGACGUGAUAUCAAGGAAGUCCUUUUCGGCGUACGUCAGAGGCCUACGCAUCACAGGCUGUGCAUUUUGCUUCUUUUCUUUGGCUGAAGUGAGCAAUGUCAGAACGUGGGAAGAACAUCGCACACACCAGAAGUUAUGUGAAUUAAACAAUCUUUUAUUCAAAGAAGGCAUCUAUGUGACCAGAAUAACACCAAACGGACCAGCAGACACGGCCGGCCUGAUGAUGGGAGACAAAAUUAUGCAGGUAAACGGUUGGGACAUGACCAUGGUGACUCACGACCAGGCACGCAAAAGACUAACCAAGAAGAAAGAGGACGUGGUGCGGCUUCUGGUCACCAGAAAGUCAUUGGAGGACGCUGUGAAAAAUUCAAUGGGGGGCCAGCACAUCCGGAAGCCGCACUGAGGCCUUCCCUCCACCAACAAAUAGCACAAGCGAUCACACGGAUGGCCUGUUUUGAGUCCCUUCAUUCCAGCAAGUCACUGGACAAGAGGAAGAUGUAAUUUUAUUCCACAGCCACCCCCC